ACGCAUGAUUAAAUAAAUGUCCUCGAAUGUGGGUAUGAUUUACGCGUGCACAUACAAACAAAUCUACACUAUCGAGUACACUUUCAAAUUUAUAACAAAUAACUUCAAAACGUGUUCAAAUGAAACCAAAAAUCGCCCUUACCCAAGCCGGCCUUAAAGCUUGCCUGUCUCCGGGUCGCGCUGUGGUCAUCAAAACAUAAACAAACUGUCAGGUGGACGCCGGGGUUCCAACAGGUGGCCCUCUCGAAGCAGAGUCAAAAAUAACUUCCAAAGCCCGUUGUACACCGUUAGAGAAGAUGGCUAAGGGAGAUAUAGCAAGAACUCUGAGUCAAAUAAGGCUCAGAAUGAUGGUGCUGUGUCUCUUGGGCGUUGCACUGUCUCUCUAUGCUCUUUACGUCGAGUUCCUGAAGGAAGCCGAUGAAAAUUACGAAGCCAUGUGCGACAUCAAUUCUUACAUCUCCUGCUCCAAAGUCUUCACCUCCAAAUAUGGCCGAGGCUUUGGCAUUGUGGGUGAGUACCUUGGGAAGGACCACAUCAUGAACCAGCCAAAUAGCAUCCCCGGCAUCAUGUUCUACAUACUGAUCCUUGCCCUUGGUGAGAUAAGAUCCCCAACAGCAGCAAAGAUCCAGCGUGGCUUGGUCUUCACCUCCAACUUUAUGAGUCUCUACCUAGCUUACCUCCUCUACUUCAUCCUGCAUGACUUUUGCAUUGUUUGUGUCAGCACAUACAUUGUCAAUUUCUUGCUAACCCUCUGUGCCUUCCACCGAGUAUCUACACUUGGGAAACUGCCCAAGAGGAAAAUGAAGUAGGGAUAUGGUGGGCAGCAACUUUGGUGAAGAUAAUUGUAUUCUACCUUUUUGAACAUUUCUGAUGGAACUUCUGUGAUGAAUUUACAUCCCUGCAAAACACAUCCAAAGGAAAAUCCUGCGUAUGAAAAAAAAGCAGUAUUGCAUAAUAUCAUCAGCAGCUUCGUGCUUGACAACCUCUUACUUUUGUUUUAAAUUUUCUUUUCAAUUUCCACAGUAUAUAUAAACAAAAGGAAUUUUAUAAUCUUGUCGCAUUAUGUUUAUGUUAUUGUUAAGAAAAUAUGAUAAAAUGAAUAAGUGUAUACUUAUGGCUUGACAAGUGAGAAUGAUCCUUCAAGCAAUAGAUGGAGUAGGCAAGACAAAGAAUUUCUUUUUAAUGCUGAUAAAGUCUGUAUUUAAAGAAAGGAAUAAUGCUUUUAUCAGAAAUUGUAAUGAAAUAAUAGUAAUUGUCUUAUUUUGUCUGUUUGUAACUCUAAGAGCCUUUAUGUCAUAAGCCUGACAGUUGGCAAUUCAUGUGGAAAUCAGAUGAAAAGAUAGUCCUUUGGUUUUAUUUCUGUUGUUUUCAACUGAAUUAUUAGAGUGGAUGAUAAAAGAUGAUGUGAUAACAAUCUUAAGAUAAUGCUGGAUUUUUUUUUCUUCUUCUUUCUUUUCUAGCUUUUUCAGUGUAUGAGAAGAUAGAUGGACCGAUAUAAAUACUAAAACUAGUUAUCCCCAGAAUAAUAGUUGGUUUACAUAAGAUAUUUAUUUUAAAAUGCAUGUGAAAAAGCUCUCUAAUUUAUUUGUUCAAAAAGGAGUGUCAAAAUGCAGUAAAAGCACAAUUUCCCAAUACAAAUAAAAAAAUUUCUAUCUUUUCACAA